AUGACAACCGAAGGAGCGGGACAAGUUUCCAUUGAUUUGUGUUCGUGUGGUAUAUGUGAUAGACCUACUAUUUCACCCAAAUGCUUACCUUGCAUGCACACUUUCUGCAAGUCGUGUCUGAAUUGUCACAUACUGGAGGAGCUAGAGGCUAAUCAAAAUGGUAAAAAGACUUUUCAAUGUCCGCGGUGUGGUGUGAGUAUUCAAAUACCACAAAAUUCAGUCGAACCUCAUACCGACAAUUUUAAGGAUGACGUCUUCGUCAAUAGGUUAUCCGAGGUGAUCAGCAUUUACAACGUUGACAAAUUGUGCGAUAUCUGUGAUCGCAGUGACAUCGAGUCGCCAGCAGUUGAUUGGUGUACGGACUGCUUUGACUCCAUGUGUCAAAAAUGCAAGACAGUUCAUCUUAAUGGCAGAGCCACCUCGCGUCAUUCGGUCAUUCAACUAGAGGAGUUACGGAAUAUGUCGGUAGAGGAUAUAACUAAACGGCAAAAAUCAACCACAUGUAGAAAUCACGAGAGGGAAAUUGUGAAAUUUUAUUGCGAUAGAUGCAAGAUUGCCUUAUGUGGAAUUUGU